AUGGGUAAGAGAGAGAAAGAGAGACAAGUCAUCGAAACGGAUUUAUUUGCUGCUGCUGCUGCUGCUGCUGCUACUGCUACUGCUACUGCUAUUGCUAUUCGUUUUGUCUUUUUCGUUUGCUUCCCUUUGCAAGUUUAUGCGAAUUCAAAUUCCAAGGAGAACGAAUGA